AUGAAAUGGUCCAUCGUUUUUGCCAUAUUCGGCGUUUCUCUGCAUGCGAGAGGCCAGUUGCAUCCAAGUGAACCAGCCAAGUACCAGUCACUACCAGGCUUGCGCGAACAAGCUCAGAUACUCGAUGAGUGGAGGCAACAGCGCCUUGAUGCUCUUCCAGACCUAAUGAAGAAAUAUAACGUUGAUGCUUGGCUUAUGAGCCAACGCGAGCACGCCGAGGACACGAUAUGGUGGUCUAUCAAGUCAGCAACGGAGUUCGCGGCACACAGGCGUACAGUUGUAUUAUUCCAUACUAACACAUCUUCACUUGCUGGCCAACCAAAUCCACUUCUCUGGAUUGAUAACACGGGAGAUGUAUGGCCAGAGUUGCGCAAUAUCCUCAAAUCGUAUAACCCAGACCGUAUAAUGGUCAAUACGAAUCGUGAUAUUGCGUUCGCAGGUGGGAUGCACGUAGGUGAGAUGGCUGUCUUGGAGGAAGAGCUUGGACAACGUUGGACGGGUCGUUUUGUGAACGUACCGAUGCUUGCGGUUGAAUUCGUCUCGCGGCGGUUGCCUGGACAGAUUGAGUAUUUUGCGAAGAUGCAGGAGACUAUAUGGGCGAUGCUUGAAGAAGCAUUUAGUGAACGAGCAGUCGUACCUGACAAGACGUCUACAGAAGACCUGGAGUGGUGGUUCCGCGACAAGAUGCAAGAACAAAACGUCUCCACAUGGAACCAGCCCCGCGUCAAGGUCCUAGACCCAACCUCUUUUCCGGGGUGGUCAGGCUCCAGUUCAAUCAUUCAUGAAGGCGACGUCUUGCACGUCGACUUCGGAAUCAGCGCAAUGGGUAUGCAUACAGACACGCAACACUUAGGUUACGUCCUCCGUACGUCGAAGGGCGAGAGGACCGUCCCGACCGGACUUCUCACGGGUUUAAAGAAGGCGAAUCGUAUGCAAGACAUUGUACUUGAGGAGUUACAAGUCGGCCGAACAGGGAACGAAGUCUUAGCAGCAUGUAAUCGAAAGAUGAAAGAGGAAGGGAUCGAAGGACAAGUAUACUCGCACCCUAUAAACGACUUCGCACAUGGACCUGGAGCAACGAUAGGAUUCACCAAUUUGCCGGAUUUCGUGCCAGUAUAUGGGGAGCUACCCAUCUUGCCGGAAUCAUACUACAGCAUUGAAUUGUUCGCAAGACAUUUUGUUCCAGAGCGGAACGAAUCUUUGCGAUUCAUGCUAGAGGAGAACGUGUACUGGAGAAACGACACGCAGCGCUGGGAUUUCAUACGAGGACGUCAGGAACGAUUUCACAUUGUAGAUACGAGUCGGACGCACGGCCACCGCGAAAUUCCGCUCCUCGUCGCUCAGAGAUAA